CCUUGCGUAGAGCAGACCAACCACAACUUGUCAGCCAUGCAUCAUGCUUACAACAUUUGCUUUAAUGACCGUUUGCAUAGUGCUCUUAAGGCAGCCAACCGGAACGUCAAUGCGCUGUAUUUCUAGAAUAAAUAGGACGGUUACAGCCCAUAAUAAGAGCUUCCAUUCUUAUUCUGUUAAUUAUGUAGCUCGCCACGCACUCUAUCAUCUCGAAAUCUACGUCUUAGACUUUGGUCACAAACUCCAACUUGAACAAAGCCAAACAAGUUGCUGGUCCGCAAGAGCCACCCGACAUUAUGCCCGACCGCCCUCUCACCCGCAAAGAAGUCGAGGAGGACUUUCAGAAACAGCUCGCCCUCCUCGAGCAGCAGAACAAAGAAAGAUUCGAAAAAGCCCAAAAGAAUCAAUCCUCCAGCUCAUCGACACAGGACACCGAUCGUCACACCUAGGCAUGGGGCUCCUUUAUUAACCCCGCUAUGCAUGAUGGGCGUCUAAGUGAAGGGAGGGAAGAGACCCAGGAUAAGGAUGGGAAUAGCCUAUGGAGAUUGAAAAAUUAUGUAUCGAUAGUAGUUCAUCGACCAUCAUUAUCUCUUGCAAGCUCCAUACUCUAUAUUGAUCUUUGUAACACCAGUGAAAGUCUUGAGCCAAGAGAAUUCCGAGUAAAA